AUGAUCCGUCCCAGAGUGAUCCAUCCCAGAGCUGGCCUCAUGUUUCCAAAGGCGGAACCUACCCCGGAGCUCCUACCGGCCGUGGCUACCGCGCCCAAGAAAGUCGACAAGAAAGUCGACAACAGCCAACUCACCAAGACAAGAGCUGGUCGCAUUCGCCAGUCUAGGAAGCGCACUUCUCCUUCUCGUUCCCGUUCGCUCUUCAAGCGAGUCAGAGCCGCUUUUGAGGCCGAAGGCCCUGCUUCAUGCCUUACUACCAAGCCAGAUAUCGCCAACGUCAACCCCGACAUUGACAACGACAAUGACGCGGUCAACGUCACUGACCCAAAGAAGGAUGAUACUCCUUUAACCACCCCACACCCAGCGAACCAUGCGUACGCCGAGGCCCUGGCCUCGUAG